AUCAGAUGCACGUGACCGUGGCCGUUUCCUGUUUCUAUUGUACUACACUACCAUGAAUUAGCCUCAGUCCUCCUAAUGUGACCCUCUACAGUCAGCUCAUCCUGUGGGGUUUGUUGUGGCCCAGUGAGCGCCCACUGACGUCGCUUCAGCCAGCGGAGGCAGCGGGACGGAGCAACAUGGCUACCAGCAGUAGCAGCAGUAACAGUGUGGCUUUCCAGAGCAAGCUAACCUCCAUAAUGGAGAUGCUGGCUAAAGCGGCCGUUAUGGAGAUCAGCAAACUGUGGGAGGACGGGUUCGCGGUGGUCCAGGUGGAGCUCCUCCGUAGAGAGAGCGAAAUUAAAGCCCUGAACAGAAAACUGAUGUCACUGGAAAAAGAGCGUUUCACGGCUGUUUCUCAAGCUGCUAAUAAGUCCUCAUCUUUACCGAGGAGAGAACACCAAAACAAUCUACUGCCCCCUGGCGCUGAAGGUCCUUCAGUAGAACCGGUCCAGGCAUCAUCUUCGGAUCAGAGCGUCCAGGAUAAACCAGAGCCUUCAGGGAAUAAUAAAGCACAACUACCUGUUCAGAUGGAGGUUAAUCAAAGUGGAACAAAGCAGCGUGAGGCGGGCUGCUGUGAAAGUGAGAAUAAAGACAUAGAGGACUCAGUAGUGAAGCUGGAGGAGGACAAUGAUGUUGAGAUUGUGGAACAGGAAGUGGAUUUAAAUCCCAGGAGCAGCAUAGCAGGUCACCAUGAAGUGGAAGGACUCCAACGUUCUGCUGAAGCGCCACAAGAGAAAGACGCCCAGCCCUGGGUGGGAGUGUUAGACAGCGACACAGAAGAUGAUUCUGACUGUUUUUUAGAAUCAAAUCAGCUUUCGCAAAAUCUAGACUCAGAAAUCUUGCUCAUUCAAAACUCUCUGGACAUACUUGACAACUCAGUUGAUGCAGCUCAUUCUGAUCGGCACAUGAUGGAGAACAGGGCGCUUCAAUGUGCUUUAAGUAAAGCCAGAGCGCCUGGGACUUUCAGCCAAUCGCAACCAAGGCAGCAAACGUCGCACCACGCAGACAGAGAAACGUCUGUCGGGUUCCUUUUAGAAAAACAGUGGCGAACUAAAAACGUGCCGGCUUACAACCCUGACGGUAGACUGUUCGUUUUAGAGGAGCCGGAGUUGUGCAAAACGGUAGCCAGUCGGCGCGUUAAGGAGAAAUGGUACAUCUGUCCGUUCUGCGGAAAAAGCUUCGACCGCGUCAGCCAUCUGCAGAUCCACCAGCGGAUCCACACCGGGGAAAAACCAUACACAUGUGAAAUGUGUGGCAAGAGUUUUUCCCAGAGGAGUAACCUGCGAACUCAUCAACGAACUCACAAAGAGGCUCUUUCUUAAAAGAUUAGAUUUUAUUUUCAUAUUACUGUAACAUUUUAGCCAGUUAUUACUGUGGAACUGUUUUUAAAAUAGCCGUGACAUAUCUGGUGAGGUGAAGGGGAAAACAAACUGAUCCUUCCACUGUAAUAAAUUCUCUCUAAUUCUUAGAUUAAGACUUUUAAACACUUGCAGCACCUUGUCCUUCUAUCAUCUCCCCUGGUUAAGAUGUGUAGAAAGCAUUAAAAUAAAUGUAUCUGA